CCCCUAAUCAAAAUCACAGUCCUCGACCAUGCCAACAAGGCCUUAAACCUUUUCACAGUUCUCAGUUUUCAAACAGUUUACUUCACACAUCGAAUCUCUGAUCUUGAUUUUCCGACGACUCGCCGGUGACACCUUUUCCUAUGACUAAUCCACCACUAUUACGGAAGGACCCUUUAAGUUUCUUCUUUUAUUUUUUAACUGGAAGCUCUGAUUCUCCGACGACUACUCAAAUACUACUAGAAAAGAGACUUUAUUUUAUUUUUUUUAACUUUUAAAUAUGUGGGAAUUGAAGGAUCCAGAGAGUAAGUUGUUUGGCAAGAAGAUUGCUUUGCCGGAGAACGAAAAGGUGCUGCCUUUGAUUAUCUCCGGCGAAGAUUCCGGCGACGGGAACUCUGGAAAUGCUAGCUAUGGUGUUACAAUUAGCGAGACGAUUAUUGGGUCUGACUGUGAUAGAUGUUUAGAGGAUGAGAAAGCAAGCAGUGAGGAGAAAGAUGAAGAAAUUCAAGAAGCUGAAAAGGGACUUGAAAAGGAGAAUCCAGACGGCACUUUUGAUCUUUUGGAAUGGUGGAAGGCAAGGGAAAAAUAUUUUCCGGUUCUUGCAAGGAUGGCUCGGGAUAUUUUAUCUAUUCAAGCUUCAACUGUUGCAUCAGAGAGCGCUUUCAGUCAAGCAAGACUUCAAAUAGGUGAUCAUAGAGCGUCAAUGAGGGAGAGCUUGGAAAAAUCUGUACUGUUCAGAGAUUGGAUCCGCUCGGAAAGAAGAAACUUUGGAAUUGCGGAAUCACAACCGGCGAUAGAUGAAGCUUAUGAAGAAAUGAUGGCGGAACUUGCGGAGGAUGCUGCUUCGCCCGGAAGUGGUGAUGAACAAGCUUCUUUUCCACCACCACCAACGCAACCUCCUCCGAACCUUGAAAGAUUUAUGAGAUUUGUUAGAGAUACAAUGUAGAUUAUGGUGUAACUUGUACUUUGGCACAUCAUCUUUUAUUUUUUCCCCCUUUAAUGGUGGUAUUAGUACCUUGUUGUGCUCAUU